CGAGGGACGAGACGAGUAUCACGAGUACAGACAAACCGCAAAUUCUCGCAAAAAAGCUCUUGAAUUUUCGGUCAUUCCUCAACGCCUUUCACGCAGCUGCAAAUUUUCGUUCUGCAGUCGCAGUCAUUUGACGCAUUUCGAUUCUGCACUCACUUUUGUUAAGCAGCCAUGGAGGGCUCUUCCGAUAGCUCCGAGGGAGAAGAUAUAAAUGAUAUAAAUAUUGAUCCUUUACAUCGUCGUUCUGGUAAUGGAGGUGAAAGAUUUGCAGUCAGUGCUUCGUCAGGGAGAGCAGGGAGCACUACUGAAGAUGUCAGUAGCGCUGCUCGUAGCAGCGUGAACAAAACUCAGAUAAGUGUACCUGAGGAGGACAGUGACAUGGCUGGAGACAGUGAAGAUGGAGACCACUUAUCGAUUGACGAUUCUCAUAACAACGAAGAUGUCCGGUCAGACAAUGAUUCAGAAGAGCCUGUUGAGGACCAGGACGAUCCGUUUGAUUCAGAUCUCUCCGCCGAAGAAGGGCAGGAAGAAUCUCUGGGUCAAGCGGAAAUCGCAGACAUGGAAGUUGAUGCAGAUGAUGAACCACCAGUUGCUCCACAAAAUGCUAAGGCCAAGCCAGAGCCCAUCAUAAGUAUUGACUCCUUGAUUAACCAUCCUGAUUGUCCAGAAAUCUUUAAAUUUUUGGCGGAUCCAGGGUUCAUUAAUUCACAAGUUUUUGAGGUGGCAAAAACCUUUGUGAUAAAUGCAAAUGAUUCACACAUCUUUCCACUUGAGAAACAAAGGGAGCUAAUCAAGAUAGUGAUGUUUGCCAUGGGACACACCAAAUGGUCAAUUGCAGACUGUGGUUGGACACUUAAGACAGUUAACGAUGCAGGUCAUAUGCUGAACAGUGCUUAUCAGGAAAAUAAUUUUAUGCCCUUGCUGGAGUUGAAUGAUGAAGGUUCAAAGUGGUUACAAAUCAAAUUGUGCAAUUUCCUCUACGGCAUAACAGAUGCUGCCAUGUUUGCCAAUCCAGAUGGAGGAGGCAAAUUGUUGUUGGAAUUUCUGUACAAGUUUGCCAAAAAACUCACAAACUCUUUUGCCUGCUAUGCCAGAUAUACAGGUAUCUGCAUAGUCAGAGCUGUGAUGCGAGUGCUUCUAAAGUAUCUCAAGCGUCAAUCAAGAAGCCUGUCACUAUCAAAGAGAUCGGGAACUGCCACUGUAGAAGAUGAAUCGUAUGUUGACUACCUGCUGCAGAAAGUGAAGCAAUUCCUUUUCCUGCUUUACAACGGCAUGGAUGAUAUGAAUGUUACCAAUCGAAUUGAAAGCUUUGAAGAGGUGAUCAAUCUCAUGGUCCGAUAUCCUACAGCCAUCAUCAUCGACCGUACAAUUAAAGGGCUCACUAAUUGCUUAUUCUCCAGGAAUCAAAAAGAGAAAGAAUCUGCUGUUUUGUGCUUCUCUGCGUCAUUUUCUAAGCUGGCUGACAGAUCGGACAAAAUUAAAAACUUUAUGAUGGAAUGUGGAAAGUAUUUUACUCCAAACCUCAGAAAAAAUGGAGACGUGUAUGAUGCCACUGUACAUCUUUUGAAACUAGCCUAUGAACGAGGUUGGCUCCCAGAAGAAGAUGCAGACUAUAUCAACAUAGUCUUAAAAGAACACUUGUUCAAUUCCACAAAGGGCAUUGCCAAAAGAGCGGGAAAAGCCUUCGUGGAGCGCAGCGAUGGCAGCAACAUAGUUCUUAAUUUGGCCAACAUUCUUUUUGAAAACAAGGAGAGACUGGAUGAAGCUAUCAAUGUUGUUCCUCAAGUGGCGCAUGGCAUCACUUACAUCAUGAUUGAAGAGGCUGUUGAGAGUUUGACUGCUGAUGACAUUGAUCUCCUUAAAUCGUCCUAUGUGAUUAAAACUCUCACUUGUGUGCUCAGUAAUUAUAAGCCAGCGCCUAAAGAAAGGAAAGGGAAAGUGCAAAUGCUAAUUGCUAGGAAACUGCCUGACCUGGUUGAGCAGUUUAAAUAUGACGAGUCAUUGACAUUCACUGUUUUGAAACUUGCUGAGAAAAUCACUCCAACUGUUGGAAAAAAUUGUGGAAAGGUGAUUGCCAAGCUCAUCAAAGAUUGCAUUCAAAAUGAAGAAUACUUGAAUGAAACUCUGCAAGUCUUGGAAAAAUUUAAAAAUCUGAAGGAGGUGGAAGACGUUUACCAAGAGUGGUUGGAUGAUAUGCGCCAGUCCAUGGAGGAAUUCUCCAAUAACAUACGCAACAUCCUAAGCAGUGAUAGCGAAGACCUCGAGACUUACACGACCAUCUUCGGUAAAGCCAAAAGCAGCUUGAAUAUACUCAGUGGAGCCUUUGAUGACCUGCUGUUGACCUGCAAAAACUUGUCUCAUAAAUUGGCUACUGAUCUUGAAGAAAACUCUGCUGAUGCACAGAUCAACGAAGAUAUGAUCAUUGCCUUGGUGAAUUUGGAAUUUUGUGCUUACGUAAAAUUUGAUACCCUCAAAUGUAACGGGCAAGCAUUCAAAGAACAUUUCCCUGACAAAUCUCACAAUCAAGUUGUCAAAAGCAUUUCUGACUUUCGACAAAAAGCUGUGACUGGAUUUGAGGAACUUUUAAAUCUUGAUUGUCUGGAACCUUACAUUAAACUAUUGGUUCUAACACGGCUAUUUGGAGUAAUAAAAGUGGAUUGGGAAUAUUUGACAGAGACAGAAAUCAAUCAGGAUUUCCUCAUUGAGUGCCUAAAUAACCUCCUCAUUGAUCCACCCAAGAGAGUAAAAGAUGCAGUACAAGAAGAAGUUCGAAGGGAAGCCUUUGCAUCUCUCUUUGGCAUUGACUGCCUGUACAAGUCUAAAAAAAUUAGCGCUGCAUUCUAUUUAGCUUUGGGCAAGAGUUCUGAGUCAAGUUAUAUGAGAGAGCCCAUGCUUGAUGCUUGGAGGAAGUUGUUCGGUGAGACAAUUCAAGUGAAGAAUAGUUCUGCCGAAGAGGAACACUUCAGUAUUUUUGCUUACCUUUUUGAACUAUUGAUGGACAUCGUACUUCAAAUCAUUAAAGAUCAUGAGGGUGCCAAACUUGAGGAGGUAGUUAUCUACAUCCAGAAGUCAACUGAGUUGGUGAUGAACUGCUUGCCAGACAGCAAUGAAUUUGUGCGAGUGAUUGUAAACGUUCAUGAUUACAUUUUGAGAUCUGCCGUUCAGGGCAAACCACAUUUUGAAGUGAUGCUGCGCUACUUUGCUGCCCCUAUGGUGGAUAUAUUGGAUGAGGAACGCAAGAAAUAUCUGCAGAAGAAAUAUAAAAAUUCUCUCAACGAAAGUCAUGACUUUCAUUUUUACAACGAAGCGCUUACAAGUGGCUUUCAUGCUGCAGUUUCGUCUGAAAACGAGCAGGAGACACCUGCUCUACACAGAGCCAAAAGAACAGUUGCUUCUUCCACACCAUUGCCAGGAGCCCGUGUCCCUGAUGUUUUAAGCAGUGCACCUGAUUUGUCUGCUGUCAUUCAUUCACCACCAGAUGAUCCGUAUCUUUACACUGAUACUGACAAUGAGGAUUUAACUGAUACAUGAUUUCUUUACAGCUUUUUCAAAAUAAAACUUAAAAUAAUAUUGGUAAAAAUUGCAGAACAGAUAUAUAUCAUUAAAAAUUUUUGUUUUACUUAUUAGAAAUGUCUAUGUUGAAAUUAUUUUUGUAGCAAUGAUAUUAGACAAUUUAAUGAAAAUCUAAAGACAAAAUUUUCUCUACUAAAGUUUUCUGCUGUGAAAUAUUAAUGUUUGUCAUAGUUCUAACUUUCUGUCAUUAUAUCAU